AUGAUCCCUAUAUCCUUUCAUAAGGGGGUCACAUCUGAGGGCAUGGUGGUUUUCUGGAACCUUCCGACUAACUCACCCCUGCAGCGGAUACGGCUCUCUGACGGCUCCUUGAAGCUCUACCCCUUCCAGUGUUUCCUAGCCCAUGACCAGGCUGUGCGUACCCUUCAGUGGUGCAAAGCGAACAGUCAUUUCCUCGUCUCUGCGGGGAGUGACCGCAAAAUAAAAUUCUGGGACCUUCGACGACCGUAUGAACCCAUAAACUCUAUCAAGCGCUUCUUGAGUACAGAGCUGGCCUGGCUGCUUCCCUACAAUGGUGUCACUGUGGCUCAGGACAACUGCUAUGCCUCUUACGGACUUUGUGGGAUUCAUUAUAUUGAUGCUGGUUACCUUGGUUUCAAGGCCUAUUUCACUGCUCCUCGAAAAGGCACUGUCUGGAGUCUUUCAGGAUCCGACUGGCUUGGGACAAUAGCCGCAGGAGAUAUAUCCGGGGAGCUCAUUGCAGCCAUACUGCCUGAUAUGGCACUGAACCCAAUAAAUGUCAAGCGACCUGUAGAGAGAAGAUUCCCUAUAUAUAAAGCAGAUCUGAUGCCGUAUCAGGACAGCCCUGAAGGUCGAGACCAUUCUUCUACUUCAUCUGAGGCCCCCAACCCUCCCAAAGCUCGAACUUACGCUGAAACUGUCAACCAUCACUACUUGCUCUUUCAAGACACAGAUUUGGGUUCCUUCCACGAUCUCCUCCAUAGGGAGCCAAUGCUGCGCAUGCAGGAAGGAGAGGGGCAUUCGCAGCUCUGCCUGGACCGGCUGCAGCUAGAGGCUAUUCACAAGGUCCGCUUCAGCCCAAACCUGGAUUCCUAUGGAUGGCUGGUAUCUGGGGGACAGUCUGGGCUGGUUCGGAUCCAUUUUGUCCGUGGACUCACCUCACCCCUGGGCCACCGUAUGCAGCUUGAGAGUCGAGCCCACUUCAGUGCUAUGUUCCAGCCGUCCUCCCCAAUUAAAGGGCCUGGCUUCCCUCCAACCAGCCAUCGCCUUUUGCCCGGUCCCUAGUCGUGGUCCACACAGGACCUUUGGAAUGAAAUCUGCCAGGAACAAAUGGCCCCCCAUGCACAGAGCCAUAGGAACUGGGGUCUUCAUGGAUAGUGAUGCUGCCAGACCUGGACCUUUAGAUCUGCCUUGCCAGGACUCCUUAGAUACCUCUCCUUCCACAGACUUCUGUCAUCACAGCCCCCUGCGGGCGGGGGGGCUAUCCCUCCAGAAACUCUCAAGGCUCCUCAGCCUACAGCUAUGGCUCAUGAGUAACACUCAGGCCUGACCUAGGCUUGGAAGUCAAAUAGCUCAUAUUGAGCAUAUUGUGAAGUGGGUAAAGCUAAGUAAAGGUACUGGGUGUUUUUGAGAUCACACGUGAGUGGGUGUUUGGAGAACUGGAGAGGGUAUCCGCAUGAAGGCUCCUGUGUGACUAUAUUCCAGGAUCCAGUAUUACUGCCUUCUCAACUUCCUCUUUAGAGUAACCAACACACAUGCCCAGGAGGGGUGAUAGUAAUUUAUUGGACUGAAGCUGCUUACAGUACUUCUUUAACUGAGGAACACCACAAACACCCUACCAGGAGAACAGUGGCUCAGAUCUUACUUGCUCCUGCUUAUGAAAUAUUCCCAAUCACUGGUCGUCUGACCCUACUUGAACACUCCUAGGCAGUCAUGUUUUAAAAAAAUCUUCCUUUAUAUCAAGUCAAAGAGUAUACUUCUAUAAAUUUCACCAUGGGUAUUAGGAAAUCUAGUCAUUUUUCCCUGUGAUUGCCUUUUUAAGUAUAUUUAAAAAUAGCUAUCAUGUGUUUCCCAAGUCUUUUCUUCUGUAGAUUAAAUAUCUUCAGUUACUUUAACCAUUCUUUACACGUCAUGAUUUUUGGUCCUUCAUGAUACUGUCACGUUGUUGACUUAUUAAACAUGUCUAGCUACUU